GUCCUGAGCGGCUACGGAAAUGGAAGCUAACACGUGGAAAUACUAACUUGCGGUGUUUUGCUUUCCCUUCAGGUUCCUGUAGUGCCUUUUGCGAAGUGUGCCUUGUCAAUUACGACUCCGUGAAAUUACCUGAAAGCGGCUUUUAGCUCUCAGCUGGGCGGCGAAGCGGUUUAUCUGCCGUAUUAUGGCGGACAACGGAGACGAUCAGUACAGAAUCAAUGAGGGAGACUACGUUGUUCUGAAAAGAGGGGACAUCUUCAAAGCUGUGCAGAUUCUACCCAAGAAAAAGGUGAUUUUUGAGAAGCAGUGGUUCUUCCUGGAUAAUGCAGUGGGGAACUUGUACAGCACCACAUUUGAGAUUUCAUCUGGAGGAAUCCUGCAGCCCCAGAAGCAGAAGGAAACAGGGAAUCCCUCAGAUUUAAAGGAGGCAGGUACAGACAACAGACACAUUGUCGACGACGGUAAAUCACAGAAACUGACCAGGGAUGACAUCGAGACGCUCAAAGAGCAAGGUCUGAAGGGUCAGGAAAUUAUCCAGCAGCUGAUAGAGAACAGCUCCACGUUCAGAGAUAAGACUGAGUACGCUCAGGACAAGUACAUCAAGAAGAAGAAGAAGAAGUAUGAAAACACGGUGACCAUUCUGAAACCGUCCUGCCGCAUCCUGGCUAUGAUGUACCACGGCCGCGAACCGGGGAAGAUCUGCCACCUGCGGUACGACACACUGGCCCAGAUGCUGACUCUGGCGAACAUCCACGCUGGCAGCAAAGUUUUGGUAUUCGAGACUUGUGCUGGACUGGUGCUGGGAUCCGUCAUGGAGAGGAUGGGAGGCCACGGCUCGGUGAUUCAGAUGUACCCAGGAGGCGGGCCGGUUCGAGCGGGCGUGGAGAGCUUUGGCUUCCCUGCGCAUUUUCACGAUACGCUGCACGAGUUUCCCAUCUGCCACGUCAACGCUCUGCUGGCAGGCGCUCUGGACGCCGCCGCCAAAGACCCCACUGCUGAUGAGAAGCAGUUCGGCUUGGCAGCAGAGGAGGAACAAAUCCCGCCUGAGGCAGAACAGCAGGGCAGUCCAGAGGAGCAGAGCAUGGAGACAAACACCGAGGAUGAUGCUGGCCAGGACCAGGAGAAAAUAGAGAAGGAGAAGCGCAGAGAAGCCAAAGCUCAAGAAAAAAAGGUGAAGCUGGAGGAGAAGCAGAAGAAGCUAGCGGCUGCUGCAGCCCUGCUGGAAGGCAGGAACGCCGACGGGCUGGUGAUAGCGAGUCGCUUCCACCCGUGUCCGGUCCUGAUGACCCUGCUCAGGUUCCUCUCCCCCUCCAGGCCUUUUGUAGUUUACUCCCAGUACAAAGAGCCUCUUAUCGAGUGCUACACAAAACUCAGGGAAGUCGGCGGUACAGUGAACCUGAGACUCACAGACACCUGGCUGAGACAUUAUCAGGUGUUGCCUAACAGGACACAUCCCGUGCUGCUGAUGAGCGGAGGCGGCGGCUACCUCCUCUCAGGGACGACGAUCGCCGCGGACCGAUCCAAACCCGCCGCCCCCCAGCAAUCCGAGGAACCGGCACCAAAGAGGCAGAAGCUAAAAGACACCGAAGGAUAAACGGAUACAGGAGCGUCUUAACGUUUGAAGGGCCUGCAGGGAUUCUCCUCCAGCAACUGACGUCCGUUUCCGUUGAACCGAUUUGACACAUCUGGAGUAGCGGAGGCAGGGUGUCUGGUCUGCAUUCAUCAGAGCACUUUCUGCCGUCUUGUGUACUCACAUCAGUGAUGCUGAGAAGUUAGCCGGUUUAGGCUAUCUGAGCUCAGUGUGUGUGAGGAGCUGGUGACAUAAUCAUAUCUGUGUUGAGAGUUAAGUGACGGGUUUGUGUCUUUUUACCCUGAGACCAAGUGUAAAACAGGUUGUUUUUUUUUAAAUGCUCUCCAGCUUCUAGUUUUUUUAAAUUUAGUUUUCCCUGCAGAAAGUGCCAUUUGUUAUAUGAUCCAGGGAUACAUCUGUAUCUGCACCCAAUUAAAACGCAGAACUAAACAUGUGCGACUACUUAUUAAUGAAGAAAUAAAUGACAGAUGUCUGUUUGGUCCCA